CCUCCUUACCGUCUCAAUCCUGAGAUGGCUCAAGAAUACAUGAAAAACAUCGAGCGCUUUCGGAUUCUGGUUAUGGGCCGAGCGAAUGCUGGUAAAACCACUGUCCUUCAAAGAGUCUGCAACUCUACCGAAAAGCCAGAGAUCUUCGAUGGGAAAGGAAAUAAGGUAUGUGAUGCUGAGUGCUCCCAGCGUGGCUACCAUAAUAUUGAGAAUGAGCUCAUGUUUCAGAGUAACCCAGGCUUUGUGUUCCAUGAUUCCUGUGGGUUUGAAGCAGGUGCCACAAAACAGUUUGACCAGAUGAAGCACUUUGUGGUUGACCGUGCAGCCACAAAGAGUGUGAAGGAACGAAUCCAUGCCAUCUGGUUUUGCAUCCCCAUGACAGAUUACCACAGGACAGUAACUGCAGCUGAGCAGAAAUUCUUCAAUGAGUGUGACACAGGACAUGUUCCUGUGAUAGUGCUGUUGACAAAGGUGGAUGCCUUGUACCUUCCUGCACUUAGGGGGCUUCUGGAUGAAGGUGUGGCCAUAGCUGAGGCAAAAGAAAGGGCUGCAGGAAUGCAAGGAGAGCUGUUGGAAAGGUGGCUUGACCACAUAAAACAUGAGCUUGGCAAAUGCAACUUUCCACCUAAAGGAUAUGUGUCACUUCAGAAGAUGCAUCAAGAGAGUGCAGACUACAGUGCUUUGAUGCAGUGCACAGCAAAUGUAUUGAAUGAGGAAGGUUUACAAAGGUUAUUUAUCUCAACCCAGCAGUCAAGUAUUGCACUAUGUGUUCAGUAUGCUGUGCAAAAGACAUUGAGGACCAGAAUGGAGUUGGGUUUUGUGGGAAGAUUGCAGGUGGAUCCAAAAGAGCUUGGAUUUGAGCUGCUGAAAUGGUUUCCCAAUUGUAAUGUAAGUGGCCAAAUUCUGCUAACAUAUGGAGUCAAUGAUGCUCCUAUGUUGUAUUCACUGGCAUGAAUCAACAGAGGGUGGGUAAUUAAUG